UGAAAACAGACGCACGUCAAGGCGGGACCUGCCCACAUUGCUACACUCGCUCGAGCAGGAGGCGAGUCGAUAGGACUGACAGUAGGAACCCACGCCAAGUGAAGUUGCGUGGUGGAGACAAACACGAGAAACGUGGGUUUUGCUUAUUCGCAGUUUCUGCUGAUGUAACUAUUCAUCUGGCUCAAAUUGUCCGAAAGCACUGGAGGGCACCAGGAACUCCACUGCCAGCGAAUUGGAUCCACGCAGGUAGAGGUCCUAGGAGCACUGACCGCACCCAGCGUGGAGAGGGGGGAGCCUGACCAAGAAGAGGGGGUGUGUGGGGUGGACGUGCUGCACAUUUUGAGCUUCAGGCUGCAGUGUUGCAUUACUCCCGGGGCUAAUAAAGAGGAGAACACAUACUUUUCACUUUCGCAUGGACUCAGAGCUUUGUGUCCUCUCACAGUAACACUGUGAACCUGCGAAAACACCCAGGUAGGACCCCAGAACUCCGUGCUCGGUGUGCUCAGCGGUCCAACGUAGAAUGUGAGCACAACGCGCCGUGCCAGGGGAAUGCUGGAUAGGUCCUCCUCUCACUGCCAGGACGACGGAACCGCCGCGAGGCUAGGGGGGCGGGGCCAUGGUGAUGUCACAGGGCACCUACACCUUCCUCACCUGUUUUGCGGGGUUCUGGCUGGUGUGGGCCCUUGUGGUCCUGCUCUGCUGCUUCUGUAACUCCCUGCAGCGCAGGCUGAAGCGCCGGAGGGAAAGGAGGCUCCGCCAACAGAUCCUGGACCCGCCUCCCGCUGGGGAGCCCCCCCAGGGCCCCGCCCCUCCCCCCGCCCCCCAGGGGAGCUGGACCACACCCCCAGAUCUUUCCGGAAAGCCGCCAAGCUACGAGGAUGCUGUGCUGAUGGAGGACCCCCCGCCCCCCUACAGCGCGAUCCUGGCCGACGCCCGUAGGGGGACGCACCCCGAACCCAAGGGCAGGACAGCUAGAGAGCCGGAGAGCUCCGAGACUAGCAAGACAGCCCCAGACAGCGCGCUCUCCAAGCGGGCCGGGCGGGGCUACUCCUCCGUCAUUCACCUGCCCACGGCUGCACACUGUGACUCCCAGAGCCCUCUCCUCUCCACCCUGGAGCUGAACUGCAACAAUCUCCCCAACGCCGGCCUCGUGCCUGGGACUACGCACAAUCCCGCCCUCAUACCUGGGGCCACACCCGCUGACCUAAGACUGGGUCCACCCCUGCUGGACCGUACCUAUGCCCUGCCCACCGCUUUCCCUAUUUUCGGAAGGAGUACAGCAGUGUGACUGACCCUUACUGUGUGAUUGACCCAGACUUACACUGUCAUAUGCACGCAAAUAUGUACGCAUACACACACUUUCUCACUCUCUCUCUCACGCGUGAAAUCACACAAGAGCGAACACACACACACCGUAGUUCAUAGGAUCAAUAUAGCACAAUGUCAUUACAAACAAAAUCAGAAAAUUUCACCAAAAUAUACGCAACAACAAAAGCUGGGCAUAUGAAUAUAUAGGCUACUAAAAGUCUUUUUUUUACUACAUGCUUUUCUUCCUUGUAUUUAUGGGGACAAUGGAACAGGCUUCCAAGUGUCAUCCACCAUAUGCUUUGGACUAAUUGAAAUAUAUGUGCAGCUUUGAAUUAGUUAAAAGCAUCAGUUUAGGCAUUCAAAGGUAUGCAAGAGAGAGAAUGUUUUAGUUCUCUCAGGUAAAUGCCAAAUGGAACUAAGGCGGGAGCUUUCCCUUUUAAUAAGCCUGCAGUCACAAACUGCUGCUCAGAAUUUUCUAGACCUCUGGGAACUGGCUUCAGAAUUUUGUUAAAUGAGAAAAAUUGCUAAACGUGGCCAGUACCUUUUGCAAGGCCAUGCCGUUGAGGUUCUUUUGAACCAUUUAUUUUAUCUUGCGUUCAGGUAUUAAAAAGUCUUUGCUGCUUCUCUCCUUUAAUCUUUAUCAUUCUGAAUCAGUCUUACUGUAUUUUCACACAAUGUACAGGCCUUUUGGUCUACAGCACAGAGCUAUAUAUUUGUAUCAAGCUACAAUAUAGUGUCAGAAAUGUUAACUGAACACGAAGAGAAGCGAUCCUCAACUCUGGUCCUGGAAACCCUGGGCUCUGAUGGUUUUCGUUGUUACUCAGCACUUAAUUGAGCAAUUAAAGCACUUCACUUGAAAUCAGCUACCAAUUAAGAUUCAAGAAAGUAGAUGAGUUGAGUUGCAGACAAAAACCAGCAGAUCCCGAGUUUGGGACCCCUGCUAUAAAAAUUAGUUGCAAUUAAAUCAACGGAAAGAUGUCAUCAGCCCCCUGCACUGCACUUAUACAGAUUAAAGCACUUGGCACAGUCUUGAUACCAGGUUCUGAAAUGUGUAGAAAUGGCAUGUUUUUUUAUUUUAUAUUACAGUAAUUAAACAGCAUAAGACUCAACUAGAUUUGAGCUAUACUGUGUUGAAUGUCAUUGCAUGAGCACAUUUCUUUGUUGGAAUAAUAUUUUGAUUGACUGAUUCAAUAUUAUCCAAUAAUACUAUAAAGCAAUUACCUAUGGAAAUGAUUUUAAUAGAAGUAUGAAUCAUUCUGUCAGUUACAGUUUCUCAGUAUAAGUGUGUAGCAUUCAGUGUUAAAACAUCUAAGACCAGAGACCUCUAAGUUCUGUGUUCAAUUCAGAGCAUGAGAGCAAUAAUUAAACUGGUCAUGUGACACA